UGCAGGCAGAUCCACUUCACUCACAGCAGCUGCAUCUGAAUGAAUGUAAUCACUCCCUCCAUUACAUAUUUUUGCAGUAAUGCAUUUCCAACAGCAGCAGCUCAGCUACCAAAUGCAGCCACUCAGCAUUUCUGCCUAAUGCAUUGCGCGCCAUGUGUCUGCCAUUUUAAACUUUGCAUUAAUGUUUUUGUUGGUCACAUCCAGCCUUAAAGUCAGUGAGAAAGCCUUGCACUCGGUGUUGCCUAGUUGUGUGGUUGCGUGGAAACUAAACGGCUGCACUCAGUGAGCGAGCCCUGAACUGUAGGAGCAUUUCCAGUGGCGCGUGGUGGCUGCCCACAAGAGCGGCUCUCUGCACAAGUUUAACGAGGACCUGAUGGAGGAGAAGCGAAAUAUUGACCGAACCGCCUUCCGGGGAUUUCUCUGAUCCGCCGGAGCAUUUCACUCCCUGACGCUUGCUGAGGAACACACCAUGAAAAGGAGAGGGAAAGCAACAAAGACGCUCAACAACUUCUGGGGAGGUUAAUGUGGACUUCACCUCCUGCGCCCAGGUGGUCCUUCCUGGAGCAUGCACGUAUCCCACAAUGUCCCUAAUUGCAGACUGGUUACUGCGCCACUCAGUGGUCACGUGUUUGCUGCUGCACAGCCUGGUGCUUAUGACCUUUUGCUUCCACAAUGCUGCCACCAGUUGCUCCAACGGCUGUUACUGCUCUGAGAGCGAUACCGGGGGCAAGACGGUCCGCUGCAGCAAUAUGCGGCUCAUAGAGAUCCCCCAGGAUAUCCCCAAUGACACACAACGCGUCUACCUGGACUUCAACCUUUUCACUACAGUCCCAACUAAUGCUUUUGCAGGUUUGCCCAACCUAGUUGAACUGGAUCUAUCACACAACGAAUUGAGUCUGUUAGAACCAGGGGCAUUCAGAGGACUUGGCCCCUCACUACAGUUCCUAGACAUUUCUUCUAACAAGUUAGUGAGCUUUAACCCAGAGGCCUUUGAUGGCCUGCGGUCUCGCGCCAACCUAACAAACAAUCCUUGGCAUUGUGACUGCAACUUGCAGAUGGCCUUGCCCCGUGUGGACCUGGAGCCUGCCUCGCUGGCGGGAAUCGUUUGCAAGACUGCAGAUCCUGAGGAAACGGGAGUUCAAGGACUUGCCUUCCUGUUGGCACCAGCCAUAGACCUAUGUGUGGUGAUGAAGAGGACUACAGAUGUGGCCAUGCUGGUGGUCAUGUUUGGCUGGUUCAGCAUGGUAAUCUCCUACCUGGUCUACUAUGUCAGGGCUAAUCAGGAGGACGCCCGCAGACACCUGGAGUAUCUCAAGUCGUUGCCAGGCAUACAGGGCAAAUCAGAGGAGUCUUCUACCAUUAGUACUGUGGUAUAGGUUGGAUGCAACUACACGUGGGACCACUAAACAGGAUGGAGCAACGACUACAUGGUCUUCAUCAAUCUCAGAUGGUUUUGCUCAGCUGUUGUCUCUGAGCCAAGGUGGGCAACAAGACAUGCGCAUCUGCACAAGAAAAACAGGCCGAUGCAACCUAGCCAGAUGAAUAAUUCAUCAUUCAGUGACCCAUUAGGAGUUUCUGCUGGCUGAGUUGAUGGUCUGGUGAGUGCACUAAGGGAGUUAAAGCAAAGGCUGUUUUUGGUGAACUCCAAAUAUGGGCUACAAAUGGGAUUUAUCCAAUGGUGCAUACACCUAGAUGCACCGAGCCUACACACAGACAAUAUGAAGCACCAUGAACGGGAAAAGGUAACACUACAAUGAGGAAAUUCAUGUACAACUGUUUUCCAUUACAACCCUUAUGGUAUCCACCAGUAUAUUCUAAGUAAAAUUAUGUUUUCCAAUUAAAUUGUUGUUUUUUGA